AUGGGAUUACGCAGAAGAGUGAAGAAAGGAAAGCAGAAAGAGUUGGAGAGUGGGAGAAGAGAGAAGAGAGAAGAGAGAAGAGAGGAGUCCCUAGCGGAAGGGAGGGAGAAAAUAAUCGAAAGCUGCGUUUUUCUCCUUUUUGUCCUUCAAUCUGUUCGGAAUCUGCAGUCUGUGGUGGUCUUGGCUGGAAAUCUGGCGAAUUAUGGCUGAAAUCCGGUUGAGAGACCUCUUAGAAAGGUGUGAGACGGUGAGAUUGAUGGGUCUCUUUGAUUGAUUUAAUGAAGAGAUAAGAAGAGAUGGAUAGGAAUAGAGAAGCUAGAAGAGGAAGUAUGGCGGCUACGAACGGAUUGUCGAGACGGCGACAUAGAAGUGGUAGUCUGAGAGAUUCACCUGAGGAAGAUGGAAUCGUGGAGUUGCAGGAAACGGCGAGGUUAAGAGAUCGAGUGAACAAAAAGGAUAGAGAUCGGGAUCGGUCGAGUCGAAACAAGCGAAGGAGAGGCGAUAGAUUGAUGCAUGGAAGUAAUAGAGAGGAUGGAGGAGAGGAUAGUACGGAAGAAAGUAUAGAUGAGGAAGAGGAGGAUGAGGAUGAGGAUUCUGGUGGGCUUCGGAUGCCGCCUCCGAAUCCUGGAACUUCGUCCUCACUAUCGAACCAUCAUCACCAACGGAAGAGCUUCCCACCAGCGAAGAUGGUUAGAGCAGCCCCUACGUGGAAGGUUGCCGAUGAGAUGAUCGGAGUCUCAGUGCCGCGAAAAGCUCGGUCAGCCUCCGCCAAAAGGUCGCACGAAUGUUGGAUGUCAAACAGUAUUCCAGGUGGAGGCGGGGCGGAGCAGAUUCACCGGCAAGCUUCAACUUCGCCGGCUAGGCCGAAUGCCACAGCAGCAUCGCCAGCUCCGAUCUCGCCGUCCUCAUCCAAUGUUUCUGUGCGGAAGAAGAUGAAACCUCUAGGGCCCAAGCUCCGGCCGUCGAAGAUGUCCAAGUCCUCAUCGUCAAAUCAGGAGGACAUCGAAAUCGAGGUUGCAGAGGUUCUGUACGGAUUGAUGAGGCAAUCGCAAUGCCCUCCGAAGCAAGAAAAUCUUGUAAAUGCAUCGCAGAAGUUAGAUUCCAAAGAUACUAAUGGAUCCAGUAAUGAGGUGAGAUCGAGAGUUUCUUCUCCGAUCUCAACAUCAGCUCCGGCGGCGGCACAUCAGCCGUUGUUAUUGCCUCAGAAUUCUUGUACUUCCACCACUUCGUUGCCAGUUGUGGCUCCAAAGAGGAAGAGACCUCGACCCGUAAAGCUCGAGGAGGAGAGUCCUGCUGGUGUCACUGGUCGCAACGGUUCCAUCUCGUCUCCUGCAGCUAAAGUUGAGAAUGAACGGCCUGCAAAAUCGGAAACUUCUUCCCCCAAAUCGGAGAAGAACUCAGGUUCUGCCAGUCAUAAUGCUGGGCCCUCUGUUGAUCUGGGUUCUUCUCAACCCGCUGCGGCUGUGUCUUCAUUAGAGCUGCCUCAAUCGGCACCUGUGAAAGCGGAAAGCAAUAUGGUAUCUGAUCUGAAGCCGUUAACUGAAGAAUCAGAAACUCGGGUAGGGGUUCAGACGCGGGAGGAAGUCCCGUCGCCUAAAAAGGAAUCUCCCCCUUGUACCAAAUUGGAUGUUGAUCUUGAGGAUGCGACAGCCACGAAAACGAUCUCAACGGCUGCAGAGGUUGAAUGCAAGCGGGAGGAGAAGUUUAAGAUCGAUCUCAUGGCUCCUCCGCCACUGAAAUCAUCUCCGGAAAGAGAUGGUGAUGUAGAAAGCGUAUCAGAUCCUAAAUCUAUUGCUCCAGAUGUCGAAAUGGUGCCUAAGGCAGAGGCUCCGACGGCAGAGGAGAAGAUGGAGAAAAUUGCUCUGCCGGAUGCAGGAGAAGUUCGAUUGGAAGAGAAGAAGACGGAACAACUAGUGGAAGAAUCUGAAUCGCAGAAGCAGCUAGCUAAUAAGGAGAGGAUCCUCGAUCUGCAGUUUGAUUUGGAGAAGCCGGAUAAGGAUGGUGGCACGGGUAGUAUCAGUGGCAGCAAACAACAGCAGCAACAGCCCAAAACUGCUACUAGGCACGAUCCGAAAACGGAGAAAACUGCCCAGUCAACGUCUUUGCCUCCGCAGAUGACUCUACCAGGUUGGCCAGGCGGGCUUCCUUCUCUUGGAUAUAUGCCACCUCUCCAAGCAGUCCUUCCCUUGGACGGGAGCACCGCAUCUUCGACGGCGGCUGUACAGCCGCCCCAUUUUGUUCUUUCUCAACCGCGACCGAAAAGGUGUGCGACCCAUUACUACAUUGCUAGGAACAUAAACUAUCACCAACAGUUUACAAGGAUGAAUCCAUUCUGGUCUGCAGCAGCUGGUUCUGCAUCUAUGUAUGGGGCCAAGCCAUAUAAUCUUAAUGUCGCACCCCCAACGGAAAGCGUGAUUCAUGGAAACCCAUUACAAGGAAACUUAGCGGGUAGGAGUUUGAUCUCGGUGCAAGACAAAGUCCAGGCCUCAAGCACCAUUUCGGGUCAAAAUGCCAAAGACAAAAGCUCUGCCCCUGCGGCUGCCAACUUCAUGGAUGCCACACAGAGAAAGCAGCUUGUGAUGAAGCAAGCUCCUCAGCCAGCAGCAGCUGGUAAUUUAUUGCAUGGCCCAGCCUUCAUUUUUCCACUCAGUCAGCAGCAGGCAGCUGUAGCUGCGGGGUCCCGAUCUGGGGCUGUGAAGUCUGUUGUAGCCACAGGCAAUGCAGUUCUGCCUGGUGCAGCUAAUUCUGGCCCGGUUGUUCCAGCAAGCUCUUCAUCUAUGGCACCAGGAACUAUCCCAACUGUCAGCUUCAAUUACCCUAAUUUGGCUGCCAAUGAAGCUCAGUAUUUAGCAAUGUUGCAGAACAAUGGUUAUCCAUUUCUUCCUGCUCACGUUGGAGCUCCACCACCUUAUAGAGGAGGAAGCCCUGCUCAGGCAAUGUCUUUCAUCAAUGGGUCUUUCUAUCCUCCUCAGAUGAUACAUCCGUCACAGCUUCAACAGCAGGCACAACAACAGUCUCAUUCACAGCCCCAAGCAGUACAGCAGGGUCACCCAAACACAACAACAUCAAGUGGCUCUUCAUCAUCACAGAAACAUCAGCAGGCUCAGCAGCAGCUGUUGCAAGGUGGUGGCAACAAUGGUGGGGGUGGAAGCUCAAAUAACUUUACUGCCACAAAGAACCGUCUGCCAAUGCAAUUGCAUCAGCAGCAGCAGCAACAGAAUCAUCCUGUCCCUGCACCCAACCAAUCUCGCCAACAUGAGGGUGAAGCUGGUGGAGAAGAUAGCCCAUCAACUGCAGAUAGUCGAGUUCCACAUGCUCAAAAGAGCAUCUAUGGGCAGAAUUUUGCAAUGCCCAUUCAUCCACAGAACUUUGCCUUGAUAUCGCCUGCUGCAUUGGGUGGUGGUGGUGGUACUGGGAGUCAUGGUGAGAAGCAGCAACAGCAGCAACAAAGCUUGAAGAGUGGAGUGGAACUCCUCCCAUCUCAAGCAUUUGCAAUGUCAUUUGCCUCUUUCAAUGGAGCUGCUACGGCCCAGGGCCUUGACUUCUCUUCCAUGGCUCAGAAUCAUGCGAUUUUCCAGAGCUUUCCUGAGGCGGCUAGACAUGGUUACCAGAUGGCUGCCGCCGCUGCUGCUCAGGCAGCUCAGCAUAAGAAGAACCAUCAUAUUUCUGAGGAAGGGAGGACUGGUGGUGACUCAAUUAAUGUAGAGGAUGAAAGAAAGGGGGCAGCAGGGAAGGGUGACUUCUCGUCCUUGGCUCAGAAUCAUGCAAUUUUCCAGAGCCUUCCCGAGGUAGCUAGACAUAAUUACCAGAUGGCUGCUGCACUGGCAGCUCAACCAAAGAAAAACCACCAUUCCGAGGGAGGGAAGACUGGUGGUGACUCAAUUAAUGGAGAGGAUGAAAGAAAGGGGACAGUGGGGAAGGCCGCCUUCUCAUCCAUGGCUCAGAAUCAUGCAAUGUUCCAAGGCCUCCCUGAGGCGGUUAGACAUAGUUACCAGAUGGCCGCAGCUGCUGCUCAGGCAGCUCAACAGAAGAGGAACCACCAUAUUUCCGAGGGAGGGAAGACUGGUGGUGACUCAAUUAAUGUAGAGGAUGAAAGAAAGGGGACAGCAGGGAAGGCUGAUUUCUCGACCAUGGCUCAGAAUCAUGCGAUGUUCCAGAGCCUUCCUGAAGCGGCUAGACAUAGUUACCAGAUGGCCGCAGCUGCCGCUCAGGCAGCUCAACAGAAGAAGCACCACCAUAUUUCCGAGGAAAGGAAGAUUAGUGGUGACUCGAGUAAUGUAGAGGAUAAAAGAAAGGGGGUAGCAGGGAAGGCCACAGUGGGUGUGGGGCAGUCUCUUGCCUUCUCCCGACCAGAUUCAACGGAUCCUUCUGUGUCCUCAGUUUUGGGCAAUACUGUUAUUGAUAGUUCUGCCCGGACUCUCAAUCUCAUUUCAGCUCCUAUCAAUGGCAAUCGAGCUGCUCGUCCAAGCACCUCAACUUCUACAUCCACUACUGCUGCCCCAGCUAGUUCUCCCAUUACUCAGCAUCAGCAACAACAACAGCAACAACUGAUUCAGCUUAAGCGGCAGCAACAGCAACAGCAACAGCAGCAGCAGCAUAUGCCUGAACAGUUUGCAGCAGCUGUAGCAGCUCGUAGUAAAACACCGUCAUCCAGCAAUGCCAGUGUCUACUCAGAUUGCCUCCCUUCAUCUGCCAAGUUUCCAAAUGUGGUUUUCCCACAGGCCCUUAUCCAAGGCAGUAGCCCUGCCCAGUCACCCCAAUGGAAAAAUUCAGGGAGGACAAUGGGUUCCACUGUCCCUUCGCCUUCGCAGUCUUCAACUUCCACAUCCUCCCUGAAGAAUCUCCCUCAGCAGCAAAGCAGGAUUCAACAGGGUCACACACACAUAUCAUUUGGGGUGAACACAAAACAAGCAACAGCAGCUCAGGGGCAACAGCUUCCCAUGAAUAACCAGUCUCCAUCCCCGCCUGUGGUGGUGGGUUCCCCACCAACAUCAUCGAUUUCCAAGGGUGCAGGGGGAAGCCCCAGGACGAGUUCCACUGGUGGUAAGUCGGGUUCAUCUCCUGUGCUACCUUCUCAACAACACAAGAGCUCCCAAUCUGCUGGACACAGUAGGAAGUCAUCUCCAGUGGGUGGAAGGAAUGUGCCAUCCAUCAUUGGCAAUUCUCACAUGAACACUGCCCCGAGUUCCUGUGGGCAGUUGCAGGUGGUGCAGCAGCAGCAUAAUAUGCAAAAGCAUACUUUGCAGCAGCCCCAACUAUAUUUCACCAAUGCUGCCUAUUUGCAAGCUCCGUCGCCCCAGUCAAUUAACACAACAACGACCACCACAACAACCACCACAAGCACGACUGGGUAUUAUCACCAAAGACGGCAAAAUGAUCAACAGCAGCAGCAAGGGGCCUCAGGUGCACCUUCCAAUGGUAUGCUGUCACUAUGUCAACCAUCGAUGACCUCGGAUCCAGCCAAAGCUGUUGCUGCAGCGGCUGCAGCUGUGAAUGGUGUAAAAGGAGUGAUGCCGCCAUCAGGGCUAUUGCAAGCUGCCCAAUUUGCUGCUCAGACAGCAGGGAACGCACAUCAACUAAUGUCUGCGGCCUUCCCUUACAUGCAUACAAUGCCCACCGUGUCCGUGAAACCAGCUGAACAGAAGCAACCCGCGGGAAGUGACACUUUGCAUGCCUGCUGGCAGCCUGAGAAGAGAUGAGGAAGAAAGAAAGAAACAAGCCCAAGAUGAAGAGCAGGUAAGGGAAGCAAAGCAGAAGAGUAAGAUGGUGGAAGUUUGUCGAAAUCAAAUCCAGAGAAUCUUGUCAUAUUCUGCUGAUUUGGUGGUGUAUUACAGGAAGACUAAAGAUGGCGGCCGCACGGCACACACGUCAGCGCCAUUUGGAGAGGGCGUGAGGAUUCAUUUGAGAAGAAGCUGGCUGGUCCUUCCCCUACCCCCCCCCCCCCACCUCGACAAAAUUCAUUUCUUGAUCGAUAUUGGUGGCCUGUCCUCAAGGGAGAUAUAUAAUGGUUUCAUUAUUCGUAUUUAGGAGGAGAGAAGGUCAUGGGUGGUGGGUUGGGGGAUUACAGAGGCCAAGAGAAAGAGAAAGAAGCCGCUUGAGAAGAUCCAAUGUUGCUGCAGUGAAAAGGGAUAGAGAGAGAGAGAGAGAGAGAGAGAGAGAGAGAGUUUCAACUUCCAAACAGGGGGAAGGAGAUGGGAUUCUACAAUUGUAUAAUGGGAGCGGCGGGGUUAUAUUUUAUAUAUUAUAUUAUGAUAUUUCCUUGGUUUCGUCUC